AUGGAUGUUAAUAUAGUUGAUGAGGGUACGAAGGGGAUAAUGGUGAGGAAUAAAUUGGGGGAUGAUGAAGAUGUGGCUGAGGAAGUCAGUGGUGAUGAUGUGGAAGAUGAAGAGUUUAGAGAAAUUGACUUCGAGCAAAGUGAAGAAGAUGACAACAAGUUUGAGAGAUUUGUUAUAAUUGAAGAUCUUGAUGAAGACCAGCAUAAGGAACUAAGGGAAGAGCUAACUGAUGAGUAUGAUACAUAUGAUCUUAGAAAUGUAUAUGGAGAAGACAAUGAUGAAGUUCCUGAAGUGAGAGGCAAGACUAGAAGGAGAGCUCCAAAAUUCAAGCAAUAUAAUAGGGAUUAUGACUUGAGAGAGCCCAAAUUUACUUUGGGGUUUGAAUUUUCAACCAUGAAAGAGUGCAAAAAAGCUAUGAGGUAUUAUGCAACUAGAUGUGCUAGACUUUUGAGAUUUUUGAAGAAUGAACCUCAUAGGUUAAGAGUUAAAUGUGAAGGUGAAAGUGAAGAUGACGCUUGUCCUUUGAUGUUUUAUGCUUCACAUAUUGGUGGAGGUCCUACUGUUAGGGUGAAGACAUUGGUGCCUAAUCACACUUGUGGCAGAGUGGAAACAAGUAGAUUUGCAACCUCAAGUUGGCAAGCUGCAAGAUUUGAAGAAGAUCUUAGAACUAAUCCUAAUAUGACAGACACAGAUUUCAUGACAAUAUUGGUGAGGAAGAAUUACAAUGUUGAUGUGACUAAAGAUCAUGUGUAUAAAUGCAAGCAAAUGUCGGCUGAAAAGAUACAAGGAACGAUUGAGGAACAAUAUGCAAAGCUUUGGGACUACAGUAAGGAGUUUAAAAGGCAAAAUUUAGGUAGCACAAUUCUAAUUAAGACAAGAUUGAGGGGACCUCAUCCAAGUCAACUUUUGAGUGCUACAGAAAUUGAUGCUCAUAAUGGCAUGUUCCCAAUAGCCUAUGGGGUGGUGAAGAUUGAGAACACAGAGACAUGA